AUGGUGCCAAGGAAUCAGAAUCGACAUUAUUGGAAAAUCUACCCGAAUUCAUUCACCGGCAAAGCCGCUGUUGAGACAAUGUGCGACGUUUUGGCCGAGGUUUUCCCAACACGAUUGACCGAAAGGUAAAUGAUUAGGUAUUAAAAAUUUUUAUUAGAGUCUUUUCUAUGCUGUAUCAAAAGGGUUUGACAUUAACAUUUGUAGUUUUUAAGAUACAUUGAUUUUUGUCUUUCAGGGCGAUAUUAUUCAUGAGGUCUGGAUGUUUUUUAGUGUAGCUCAAAAGUUCUUUUCUGUUGUUUAAAAAUUUUUACAGAAUAAAAUAUAAGUCUUUUGUAUGAUAUGGGAAGGUUUUAGGGUUGUAUCUAUCUUAGUUUUCAAGAUACAUUACUUUUUCGUUACCCACUUAUAUUAACCAUGAUUUUUUAAUUCCAGGUCCGUAGCGCUAAAAGUAAUGAUGAAGUUCUUUGGGCAAGGAAUUAUAAUUGGAGCCCAUAGUAAUAUGCACACAUUCCGCGACGACAAAGAUGCGUUUUACAAGUUUGGCGAGCUUGACAGCACUGUAACCGACACCGUAGGGCUUCUUGAUGUGCCGACCAUCCCGAGAAGAAGUGUUUCUAUGGACGAAACGAACAACUUGUUGCAGAAGCGACGAUUAGCAUGUGAUUUUAGUCAAGCUAAGUCGUCUCUUCCUUCAACCUCAACAUCGUCCAUCGACUGUAGCCAUUGUGAGGCGCCUUUAUCGAAAAAGGAUCGGAAGAAGGCUGUGAAUUCGGCUUUGUUGAGGUUUAUUCAAUGGGUAAAUGACUCUCCAACCAUGGAUGAGGUUGAAAGACAGCGCUUAAUCAAAAAGGUAAGAUUUUCUUUAAAAAUUUUGAAUGUUUUGUCUGUUUCCGGGUCAAAACGGCCAAGUGUAAUAUCGCAGCUAGUGUAAUAUAACUUUUUCUUCAUAAUAACCUUAAAAUGGUCUGAAAUCUUUCAAGAAUGGCAUUUAGUACAGUAAAAAUGUGUUUUACAUGCAAUUCCAAACAAUUCCAAAGUUUUACGGGAAUUUAGAAAUUUUGCUACACUGCUGUCUAGUGUAAAAAUCUAUUUUUUGACAUUUAUAGUGAUUUAAAGUGGAUUUUAGGUAAAACAAAAGGUGGAAAAGAGUCUUAAGAAUGUUUGGCGACAUUUUCAAAGUUUUUGAUUUACUGGAAACAAAGUUUUUGCACUUUUAACUAAAAAACAGUUUGAUGGAAGAUUUUUAGUACAAAUUGCACUGACAAUCUUCCAUUUAGCUUCAAUUUAAGAAAAUUUUGAAAUUUUUUGUUUUCUAAAGAAAUUUUUUUCUAUUCUUCAGCUUGUAACAACAGUCUCAAUAAAUUUGUCACUACAUUUUUACUAAAAAACCUAAUUUUAGUUCAAGUCCCACUACCCACGCGUCUACAACGAGUUCCUGGCCAGAAAAUCGACGGAAAAACUCUUUGACAAGGUGUAUCACGAUCGCAGCCAAGACGAAAUCACCUCAGAUCAUAUUGACUUUGACACGAGUUCAUGUGACGGUGAUUCCAACUAUGCGUCAGCUUCAUCGUCAUCAACUUCAUCGAUUCAGCAGGUGGAUUCAGAUGUGUUGGAUCAACGAUUGUUGGAGAAGUUGAAUCAAGUUUGUGAGGAUCCGAUCUACACGGAUGAGGAGAAGAACAAGAUUAUUAGAUAUGUAAGUUUUUUGUUUUUAGGCUAGAAGUUAGCGUGGAAAGAAAGUUCUUGCAAUUUUUCGUUUUUUAAAGAAAGUUCCUGCCAUUUUUUGAUUUGUAAAGAAAGUUCUUACCAUUUUUCAAUUUGUAAAGAAAGUUUCUUCACUCUUCCUUUUCCAAGUUUGCAAAAUGACAAAAAUUUGAAACAAAGCCCCUCAGGAUAAAUAAGUAUUAAUUUUGUGUGAAAUAACACCGUGGGAGGGGGGUAGGCUGACGUCAAGACUGUUUGCAAAGAAAAUUUGGUGCAAUUGACCCGUUUCACGCCAUUUGUUUACCCUGCGGCUUGUUUCUUUCAACUUUUUUUAAGUUGGAAGAAACUUUCUUUACAAGGCAAAAAAUGGCAAGAACUUUGUUUACAAAACUAAAAAUGGCAAAAACUUCUUUACAAAACGAUAAAUGGCAAGGACUUUCUUUACAAAUCAAAAAAUCACCAUUUUUUGAAUUUUUUUUAAAUUUUAAAAAUCACCUUCACAUGACACAAAAUGACAUAAAUCGUAUCAAACACGUAAUUAACCCAAUUCAUUUUCAGUACCGCCGCUUCUACCCCCAAAUUUACUACCAACGCUUCCCGGAAGAGAAUCACCCACUCCUGAAGCGGCUACGCAAUUUGUUCCCAAAACUCAACGAAAAACUGGCCGAAUUCAAGUAA